UUUGGUAAUUGUUUUUAAAUACACACGUGGAAGUUUGAGAGGUUAGAUGUAUAUUUACAAAAUAGUCUAGAGUAAUUAAUAGUGAAAGUUGAAAAACAAAUAUAUUGUAAAACUGUAAAUAAAAUACUCCUGUUUCCCUAUUAUUUUUUAUACCUAAGUAAUGAAGAUAAAAAAUAUGAAAAGUGUAUCAAAAAAGAUUAAAAAGCCUGCCACAAAAAAGCGGAAACCAUUAAAUAAAGUAACAACCGAUGAAUUCUUUAGUCAAAGUUUUGAGGAUGAUAUAGACAAUGAUGACAAAUAUAGUAAUAAGGUAGAUGAAAAUAUGGAUGAAGAGGAUGCAAACAGCAGUGAAAGUGACAUGGAUCCAAUGGAACAUAAAAGAUCAUUAAUGAAAUUAAAACAAACAGAUCCUGAAUUCUACUCAUAUUUAAAAGAAAAUGAUAAAAACCUUCUAGAAUUUAAUAUAUCGGAUGAUGAUGGUGUCGAUAACGAUGGUGUCGAUGACGCUGGUGUCGAUGACGAUGAUGAAUCAUUAUCAAAUAAAUUGGAUAAAAAACAUAUUCCAAAUGAUCAAUUGGAGGUUGCUAGUGAUGAGAGUGAUUAUGAAGGGGACGGAGAUAGCGGCACAAAGGAUAAGCGUAAAAUUACGCUGCAAUUAUUAAAAACCUGGCAAAGUGAAAUUCAAAAGGACAAGUCAUUGAAAACCAUUAAAUGUGCUGUGGAAGCUUUUCAUGCUGCAUUACAGACAGUAGUGGAUGUUACUGAUCCAGAAAUGGUACAUUAUAAAGUAGAGGGUGGUGCAGUGUUUAAUGGAGUUGUUCAAUUAUGUGUACUUUACUUGCCUAAUGCAUUAAAACGGUACUUGAAGUUGGAUUCUGAAUCCCAGUUUCAAGUUCAUAAGUCCAAGAGAUUUGUAAAAGUGAAAAACAUUUUAAAAUCUUACUUAACCGAUUUAAUUAAAAUUUUACAAAAUGUAACAUCAUCUAAUAUUAUCACAGUGCUAUUGAAGCACUUACAUCAAAUGUUACCGUAUGCGCAAUCAUUUUCAUCGUUAACUAAAAUAUUAUUGAGAAUAUUAUUAAAAUAUUGGACAAGCGGGGAAGAAACUGUACGCGUUGUUUCGUUUCUCUGCAUAUUACGCGUUGCAACAAGUAAUCGAGAAUCAGUUUUAGAAAUGUUAUACAAGGCAAUGUACGUAAAAUAUGUUGAAAAUUCCAAAUUUGUAUCUUUAACAACAUUACCUGGAAUAAACUUUAUGAGGCAUUCUUUGGUUGAAAUAUAUUCACUGGAUGAUAAUUUAGCUUAUAAUCAUGCAUUUUUAUACAUCAGACAGUUGGCUAUUCAUUUAAGGAAUGCUAUGACUUUAAAGAAAAAGGAGCACUUCCAAGCUGUAUAUAAUUGGCAAUACAUCAAUUCAUUACGCUUUUGGUGUGAAUUAAUAAACGUAUCUAAAAGCAAUUCCAUGUUACAUUCACUUUUGUAUCCUUUGGUACAGAUUAUUAUAGGUACGAUAAAAGUGAUACCAACUCCACAAUAUUAUCCACUCAGAUUUCACUGUGUACAAUUAUUAAUAGAUAUUUCCAGAGAAACCGACACGUUCAUACCAUUAUUACCAUUUUUAUUAGAGAUACUAAGUUCAUAUGAUUUCAAUAAAAGACAUAAGGCAGUGUCGAUGAAACCAAUACCAUUUAUUUGUGCAUUAAGAAUGUCUAAAUCCCAGUUACUGGAAAAUGGUUUUAAAGAUAAUGUUAUUGAUUCUAUAUACAAACUUAUUUUGGAAAACGCCGCAAAAGAUAGCCAUAAAAUAUACUUUCCAGAUUUGUAUAUACCGUGUAUAAUACAAUUGAAGGCAUUUUUGAAGAAAUGUCAUGUGGCAAAUUACUGUAGAAAGAUGAAACAAUUGUCAGAAAAGAUCGAAGAAAAUAGAAAACACAUCGAGACCGAGCGAAAUAAAACUGUAAUUGAUUUAAAAAACAUGUCACAGAUAAAGAAUUGGGAGAAUAAGAUAAAAACAGAAGGGACAUCGUUGUCGAAAUUUUAUGAAUCCUACGUGAAGAUUCAUCAAUCCCAAAAACUCAAGCUACUUACAAAGAACGACGAAAUAGCUGAAUAUAAUAUACCAACUAUUAGAAAAUUAAAGAAAGGAAAAUCAAACGAAGACAGUGCGGAAGAAAGCGAUGAAAGUAGUGACUUCGAUCUGAGAAUAAAGUCUAACGAAGAGAAAUCUGAAAAGCCUGCUAAACCGAAAAAGAAAAAGAAGAAAUUGAAAGUUAGCAAAGACACCGAUGAUAUUGAUCUACCAACAGAAAAUACAGAUAUCGUGCAGGACAUAAACUUUGACGACUGGAGCUAAAUAUAAAUUCAAUUCGCAUGUGCUUGAAAACAACAAAAUAUGUAUACUGAACGCUAUUAUAAAUAUACAGUGAUGAGUAUUAAAGUAAAACUGAAAACGACACGACUAUAUUUAUUACAAUGUAUCUCGUUCUAAGGUAACAUGUAUAUUUGUCAACUAUGAUUUCACCGUGUUUCAACGACCAAUAAUAAACGUUUCAAAUUUA